UUAUUUUUAUUUUUUUCAUUUUUUCAGACGCCUUUCCCCGAACCAAAGUUCCCAUGUAUGUUUUGCUUUAGCCAGUAAGUAGAAAAAAUUAGAAAAAGAGUUUCAAUUGUUUCAGCAACACGAAAGCUCGCGAAAGGAGAGAUGGAUCCACAACUAACCGAAGUGUCGCAGCUAUUCGAGCGAUUCAAAGCUGCAUUUAUUAGAAAAGAUUACGAUUCCUGCGCCAAUCUCCUUUCUCAGCUCAAGGUGUUGCUGACAAAUUUCAGGAGCCUUCCUCCUUUAUUCGAAAAUACGCCUAAUGCGGUUAAUGAAUUGCUGUUAGCAAGGGAAAUUUAUGAGCAUGCUGUUGUCCUCAGUGUGAUGACUGAGGAUCAAGAUGCCUUUGAGAGGGAUUUCUUCCAGUUGAAGCCCUAUUAUACAGAUGCUAGUAGCCGUCUUCCACCAUCCCUUCAAGAGUACCCAAUUUUAGGUCUUAAUCUCUUGAGACUUCUAGUCCAGAACAGAAUUGCUGAGUUUCAUACCGAACUGGAACUGCUUUCAGCCACUGCUCUGGAGAAUCCUUGCAUCAAGCAUGCUGUGGAGCUGGAGCAAUCAUUUAUGGAAGGGGCUUACAAUCGUGUGUUGAAUGCUAGACAGACUGCUCCUCAUGAAACUUAUGUUUAUUUCAUGGAUCUCUUGGCAAAGACAGUGAGAGAUGAAAUAGCUGGAUGCAGUGAGAAGGCAUAUGACUAUCUUUCAAUUAAUGAUGCUCAGCGGAUGUUACUGUUCUCAUCUGAUCAAGAACUUUUGCAAUGCAUCCGAGAGGAGCAUCCUGAGUGGGAGGUGAAGAAUGGAUUCGUCUUUUUCCAGAAGGCAAAAGAAUCUGCACCAUGUAAGGAGAUUCCAUCACUACAACUGAUCAACCAAACACUUAGUUAUGCAAGGGAGUUGGAGCGGAUUGUCUAGGGAAGUUGUUUUUGAUGGCUGCUCUUAUUUCUUCUUAUGACACUCAUAUAACUUGACAUCAAUUCUGUUGUGGAUUUUAGUUUCUACCUCCAGUAUGAAACUUAAAAAUUUCGUUUGAUUUCAUAUUUCAAAAUUGCUAGGGUUGUGUCAUUGUGACCUCCCUUUUCCUUUAGUCUUUCCUGCAGGACAGGUUGUUUAUCAUACACUUACUCGUAUCUAUGUUGUGAUUUAAAGAGUAGUCUGAUGAUUGAUAUGUUAAAAAAUAUAUACAGCGUAGGAUAUAUAUAAUGAAUUAGUCGAUUUCAAUAGGUGAAGAGGGAAAACAAGGCGGCCUUUUGAUGUCAGUGAUCACUCUAUGGAAAUUCUUAGCACACGGGUGUGUGCAUUUGUACAUAUUUGUGUUGCUUUGCUUUUCAUCUCUUUUGCUCCUUUGAUGUUAAAACUCAACCAUUAUGUAAAUGGACAUUAGUUUACAUUUGAUAAGUUUUUGGUUGUUAACUAUAUUUUAGUGGGAGCAGUUUAUUCAAAGAUGACCCACUCUGCA